ACAGACAAAUCACGAAAGUGUGUAAAAUUUUAUAAAAUUUAACUUUAAGUUUAACAAAUGAGUGAUUAAAUAUGGACGUUAAUAAUCUUUUUAAUUGUUUCGAUGAAGCGCCAGAGAAUACCGUACGGUAUCCCACAGUCGAAAGUAAAAAGGAAGAGGCACUGACGGAAUCAACUUCCUCAGAUAAAAAACGUGCACACGAGGGUAGCGAUGACGAGGAAGCGAAAAAGCCAAGACAUGAGACUGUUGAUGUCUCAGAACUAACCAGUGAUAUAAACUUAGAUCUAUUAGACUCAAGAAUAAUUAUUCACACAUUAGAAACCCACGAGGGAUGUACUCAUGAGGUAGCAGUGCCACCAAAUCAUGAAUAUGUACCACUGGUGCCAAUCGGCUCGGAACCUGCCAAACAGUACAGUUUCAUUUUGGAUCCUUUUCAAAAGGAGGCCAUCAUGUGUAUUGACAAUUUACAGUCUGUGCUAGUGUCGGCUCACACUUCAGCCGGCAAAACUGUCGUUGCUGAAUAUGCUAUAGCAUUAUCAUUGAAGAACAAGCAGAGAGUGAUAUAUACAACUCCUAUUAAAGCUUUGUCCAAUCAGAAGUACAGGGAGUUCUCAGAGGAGUUCCAUGACGUUGGUCUCAUCACUGGGGAUGUUACUAUAAACCCAUCAGCUUCAUGUCUUAUAAUGACUACAGAGAUUCUAAGAAAUAUGUUGUACAGAGGAUCUGAGAUUAUGAGAGAAGUCGGUUGGGUGAUCUUUGAUGAAAUCCAUUACAUGAGAGACAAAGAGAGGGGAGUGGUUUGGGAAGAGACCCUCAUACUGUUACCCGACAAUGUGCACUACGUGUUCCUGUCGGCCACCAUCCCCAACGCGCGUCAGUUCGCCGAGUGGGUGUGCCGCCUGCAUUCGCAGCCCUGUCAUGUGGUGUACACAGAAUACCGGCCCACACCGCUCCAGCACUAUAUAUUCCCGGCCGGCGGAGAUGGGAUACAUCUCGUUGUCGAUGAAAAGGGUCAAUUCAAAGAAGACAACUUCAACACGGCGAUGGCAGUUCUUAGUAACGCAGGGGAGGCGGGCAAAGGCGACCAGCGAGGUCGUAAAGGCGGUCCGCGUGGCAACAGCAACACCAACAUAUUCAAUAUCGUCAAGAUGAUCAUGGAACGAAACUUCGCUCCGGUCAUCAUAUUCAGCUUCAGUAAAAAGGACUGCGAGACUUAUGCCAUGCAAAUGGCUAAGUUGGAUUUUAAUACAAUUGAGGAGAAGAAAUUAGUUGACGAAGUGUUUAACAAUGCUAUGGAUGUGCUAACAGAAGAGGAUAGGAAAUUACCUCAAGUGGAGAAUGUGAUUCCGCUGCUGCGACGAGGCAUCGGCAUACAUCACGGAGGUUUAUUGCCCAUAUUGAAGGAGACUAUUGAGAUAUUGUUCGGGUUGGGACUUAUAAAGGCUCUUUUUGCAACAGAAACAUUCGCCAUGGGAUUAAACAUGCCAGCCAGAACAGUUGUGUUCACAAACUGCCAAAAAUUCGACGGCAAAGAUUUUCGUUUUAUCACAUCAGGAGAAUACAUCCAGAUGUCAGGUCGCGCGGGUCGGCGCGGGCUGGACGACAAGGGUAUCGUGAUACUGAUGAUAGACCAGAAGGUCACGCCCACCAGCGUGAAGAGCAUGGUGCAGGGGAAAGCUGAUCCCAUCAACUCCGCAUUCCACCUCACUUAUAACAUGGUUUUAAAUCUACUGAGGGUUGAGGAAAUCAAUCCUGAGUACAUGUUAGAGAGAAGCUUCUUUCAGUUUCAAAAUCAAACAGCUAUCCCGGACUUGAUCGAUAAGGUGAAAGCCAAGCAGAAGGAGUACAACUCGAUGAGCGUGAAUCAGGAGGCGUCGGUAGCUUCAUACUGCGCGGCGCGCGCCCAGCUCGAGCUGCUAGGAGCACAGUUCCGCGGGUUUAUUACCAGGCCGGAGUACCUUAAACCCUUCCUACAACCUGGGAGACUUGUGAAGGUAAAAACAGAAAAGUAUGAGUACGACUGGGGUAUAAUAGUGAACUUCAGACACAAGAUGGGCAAAGGCAAGAAGCCACAAGAGGAAAACCCAAUGACGGCGGAGCCUGUCAUCAUAGUCGACAUCCUGCUGCACGUCAAGAAGUCCAAACCAGAUGAGCUCGAGACCAAUGUGCCUUGUCCACCGGGAGAGUCCGGUGACGUAGAAGUGGUACCGGUGCUCCACACACUCAUAUACCAGAUCAGUUCGCUCCGCGUGUAUUACCCGAAAGACCUAAGACCAGCAGACAACCGCAAGUCCGUCCUCAAGACGAUAGGUGAAGUCAAGAAACGGUUCCCCGACGGUCCGCCCCUCCUGAACCCGAUAAAGGACAUGAAAAUAGACGACCCCGUGUUCAAGGAGUGCGUGGAUAGAAUCAAAGUUCUAGAAGAUAGGUUAUACGAACACCCCUUACACAAGGACAAGAACAGGACAGCGUUGACGGCCUCCUACGAGCGGAAACAGGAGCUAUUCGAGGAGUUGACCCAGGCCAGAGCGGAGCUCGUCAAGGCCAAAAGCAUACUGCAGAUGGACGAACUGAAGAAACGGAAACGAGUGUUGAGGCGGCUCGGGUACUGCACACCCGCUGACGUCAUAGAGCUUAAGGGAAGGAUAGCGUGCGAGUUGAGCAGUGCGGACGAGCUGCUACUGACGGAGUUAAUAUUCAACGGCGUGUUCAACUCCCUCACGCCGCAGCAGAGCGCCGCGCUCGUCUGCUGCUUCGUAUGCGACGAGAACUCCUCACAGGCGUCCUCAGCGGGUGAAGAGCUGCGUGGUGUAUUGAGACAGUUGCAGGAGUACGCGCGGCGCAUCGCCAAGGUGUCUAUAGACUGCAAGAUGGAGCUGGACGAGGACGAGUACGUGGGCAAGUUUAAGGCCACGCUGAUGGACGUGGUGCUCGCCUGGGCCAACGGCGCCUCCUUCCUGCAGAUAUGCAAGAUGACUGAUGUCUUUGAGGGAUCAAUAAUCCGCUGUAUGCGUCGGUUAGAGGAGGUGCUGCGUCAGCUGUGCCAGGCCGCCAAGAACAUCGGCAACACCGACCUCGAGACCAAGUUCAGCGAGGCCAUCAAGCUGCUCAAACGCGAUAUCGUGUUCGCCGCCUCGCUCUACAUGUAG